CGCACAGGAUGCCCUGAUACUGCUGUGCUGCGCGCCGCUCCGAUCAUUCAUCAAGACUUCACAAAAACCGCAAGAUGCCAUUUUAUGACAACGUUUACUACCCGUACCCGUCAGAUCCCCCGGGAACCCAUUCCUCAGCAGGAAUCCCAUCUCUGUUGAGCUCUCCGCAGAGUCAGCCCUCAUCCGGCAGCCUGAGCAGACCGGCCGCAUCCACCAUGGGACCGCUUACGUCCUCCGGAGCCGCCACCAGCACCGGCAUCCCUACGCCCUUCAAGUUCCGAGCCCGGCGUGAGAAUGUGGACUGGCGUCGGAUCAGUGCCGUCGAGGUGGACCGGGUGGCUUCCGAAUUGGACUUCCACACCCUACAGGAGCACAUCACGGAGGUGACGUUCUGCGACGUGGAGGGCGAGCGCUGCCACCGCUGUCAGAGCCCCGUGGACCCGGCCCUGAUUAAGCUCUUCCGGCUGGCCCAGCUAACCGUGGAGUACCUGCUGCACUCCCAGGAUUGCCUCAGCAUCAGCCUGCAGGCGGCCGAGGAGAGGCUGCAGGCGCAGACACGGGAAAGGGAGCAGCUCUGCAUCCAGCUGCAGAAAAAAACCCAGGAUGCCACGACGUUAAAGGAGGAGCUGAAGCAGAGGAAGAAGAUCAUAGCCUCUCAGCAAGCCAUGUUCAGCACGGGAAUCAGUGCCAAUUACCACAAGUGCCAACACUGUGAGAAAGCCUUCAUGAAUGCCUCUUUCCUGCAAAGUCACAUGCAGCGCAGACAUCCUACGGAGUUUGACAUCAAACUGAUGAUGACAGAUAAUCAGAAAAAAAUUCAGACCAUGAAGUUACAAGAGGAGAUCAAUAAACUACAAGAGCAGCUGACCCUGGUCACAUCCCAAAUGGAGACACAGCAGAAAGACUACACUGCUAAACAGGAGAAAGAGCUCAUUCAAAGGCAGGAAGAGUUUAAGAGACAACUGGAAAUAUGGAAAGAAGAAGAGAAAAUGCGAAUGGACGGCAAAAUAGAUGAAGUCAAGCAAGCCUGUCAGCGGGACAUGGAUUCAAUGCAUCAAAAGAACAGAAACCUAGAAAAUGAGCUGCUAAAAUUACAGCAGAAAAAUAUGCAGGAGUGUAUGCAGCUGGUACAGCCCAAGCAUGAGAUCAAGCAGUCCAGCUCAGUCCACAAACUGGAUCCUAUAGUGGAGCUGUCUGAGGAGGAGAAAGAUUCCUCUAGCAUCUCUGAAAGUCACACAGAGAGCCGGUCGUGGCAGCAGGAAGUGCAAGAGCUGUUGAAGAACCCGGGUUUGAGGAGAGACAUGCGUCUGGCAGCUCAGCAGAACCUUGAAGAUAGGCUGCAGAGCCUAGGCAUCAAGGGAGUCAGUGGUCUCUCUAAAGGACUAUAUAAGAACACCAUGACCCAGGUUAUCACUGAUCGUCAGAAGAGACAGGAAGAGGAUCCAGCAUAUCGGAGGGCUCUGAAAGAGAUCAGCCAUAAACUGGAGCAGAGAGUAAAGGAGAGGAACAUGGAGCAGCCAGCCAAACCCAAACAACAUGAACAAGUGAUUCAGUCCAGACCCAGAUCCAGCAGUUUUCCAUCUACAGUAACUCGAGUGGUGUCGGGCCCUGCUCCUAAACAGCAGCACACCCCACAACCAGCUCCACGCAGCAGAACCAGCACCCUCCCCAAGACCUCCACACCGCUACAGCAUCACAGAACUCCUCCAUUCAGCUCUGAUGAAGAAUCGUCUGAGGAAGAGGAAUCCUCUGAUGAAGAAUCGUCUGAGGAAGAGGAAUCGUCUGAAGAAGAGACCCCUCAAACACAGAAGAAAUCUGCCCUGGUCAACAGCACCACAGUCAAAGCCCAGACUGCUAAAACACAGCAGCGCUCGACCCCUCCUGCUCUUGCUGUGCGCUCCGCUGCUCCUGUGAUCAGUGCGGACAGAACGGACGUGACGGCUCUGAGCGAGAGCGACAGCGAGUGGACCGACGGCAGCGAGAUGCAGGAGCUCGACCUCUCAAAGCUGCACAAACACACUGACCAGAAUGGAAACGUGGAGAAGAUUACUCGCAGUAAAGUCAAAGCUCUUGGCAAAAGCCUUGAAAAACAGCUGGAAGCACGAGGCCCAAAGAAACCAGCAGGGGGCGUUAAGACAUUGCUUGAAAAGCCAACAGCUGUCAAAACUAUAAAGCAAGAUGCAAAGAAAGAGCUAAAGUACACAGAUGAAGAUGAUGACGAUGAUGACUGGGAUAUCUCCUCUCUGGAGGAUGUGCCCGCUGUAACCAAACCCAGCCAAUGUCCCGUACCUGUCAAGAAGAGCUUGGACAAGAGUCUGGACACCAGCACGAGUGUGUGGGGCUCAUCGACGGGCAAAGGACAGAAGCCAGGCCUCACAGACGCAGGAACCGGCAGCACUCUCAAGAGCAGUUUAGUGAGCGUCAGCGACUGGGAUGAUUCAGAUGAGAUAUAAUAAAAUGCAGCAGAGCAAUACCAAAGUCAAUCAAGUUAAUAUACCUUAUAUCCAGUAUCUGUUGUAGCUCAGGCUUAAUGAUUAUUCAGGGACAGCGGUGCAAAAACAGUUUAAUAUUAACAGUGUUAAAGGUACUUUAUAUGAAAUAUAAAGGUACAAGUACACCUAGUACUAAGGAACAGCCAAGGGAUGUUGCACUUUAAAAUGAUUGCCUCAUAUUUUUUGAUAGUUUAUGUAAUGU